AACAUCUUUAAAACAAUAGUAACCUACUUAUAAGACACAUUUUACUGAGAACCUGUUCGAGUUUAAUUCAAGGAAAACACUGGGGCCAUAACAACAACACAGCGGGAUCAUAUCUUUUCCAGGAAAAUAAUCAAGGACUUUAAUUUAUUUCUUCUGAAAAUAUAACAUCUUCAACAGGAUGGAACAGAAACACAGAAAUGUUCUUCAGACUAAUUUUGCCUACCUUAUAAAAAAUCUCCAUAAUGUGGAAGCAAUAUGUGAUGAAUUGCUUACACAUGAUAUACUUACACCAGGGAUGAAUGAUUCACUAAAGCAUAAAAAGCCGAAGCCUGUUGGACAGACCAGGGAACUUUUAUCUAUCUUACCAAGGAGAGGAAUGAAAGCUUAUGAAAGUUUUAUUAAAGCGCUCUGUGAAACAGGGAAUAGUGAAGUUGCUGAUUACUUGAUAGAGAAGGAUGGCUCUAAAAGAAAUGAAGUUAAUUCAGAAAAUUCAAGAAAACCAGAUACUUCCUUGUCAAAGCCUGAAGAUGGCAACGGUGAUAUACAAGAGACAAAACAACAAAACUCCGAAAAUCCAGAGAAAACAAACAAAUCAGAAUCACCAAAUAUACAAGAUUGGCCAGAUUUACUCAACGGUUUGCCAUCUGUGAAGAAACGUGAUAUAGUAAAGUGCAGUGAAGACUCAUUUACACAGAUUUGUGAAAGCAAAAUCGGAAAGGUUUACAAUAUGACAGGCAAAAAGAAAGGAAAAGUGUUAACUAUAUCCAAUGUUCAAUGUUCUGAUCAGAGCACAGAAGCAAAAGCAGUAAACAGGUGUAGAAGCUGUGUGGACUUUGAUAAAACUUCUCUUUCACAACUGUUUAAUUAUAUGCAGUAUGAAUCAAAACAGAGUUAUACAAAAAGAGAUAUUUCAGAGGAGGAUAUGAAGACAUUUCUUGCUAAGCAGUUAGACAAUGAAGAUAAUUCAACUUUUGAUAGUUUAGUUAUAGUAUUUUUCUCUGGUGGAAUGGAAUUUAAACCAGAUUUCAUAUAUGACAAAGAUGGCAAGGAAAUUGACAGAGAUGGCAUACUUGAAAUGAUCCGACAAUCGAAAGCUUUUAAAGACAAACCAAAAAUUGUCAUUAUCAGAACAUAUGAUUUUCAAGAAGAAACAAAUACGUUUGAUGUUCUAGAUGCUGCUACACAUAAACUGCAUUUUUACAGCAAAGAGCCAAAUAAAGAUGAUCUUUUUGUGGUGUCAUCUCAACCCAGGACAAUUAAAGGACCUUGGAUUAUUGGAGAUGGAAUGAACGGAUCAUAUUUUAUACAGGCGUUUAUUCACGUCUUUAAGAAAAUGGCUCAUGAAAAAUCAUUUAUGGAAAUGAUGAUAGAGGUAAAUAAUUGUCUCGCCAGUGCUAUGGUUCCCAACGAUAGAACACAGGCUGUUGCAGAAGUAAUGAUUCUUGAACAUAGUGAUGAGAAAGACUUGUUCUUCUUUCCAGGAUUAAAAGAAGUUCCAAUGAUUGUACCUGAUUGGCCAGACGUAACAGCUGGUGAAUACACAGUGCAGAAGAAAGAUGUCAAAACAUCUGAAUGGGAUUUCUACUAUAACAAACAAAAUGAAAAGAUUUACUCAAUGAAAAGUGCAAACAGAGGGAAGUUUAUUUUGAUAUCUAAUGCUCAGUGUAUACCAUGUCUAGACAGCCAGAACGAACAAGACAAGAAGAAGGCGAAGAGAUGUGAAGAGAGAUAUUCAGAAUGUAUCAUGAAUUCAGACUUUGAUAAAUCCAACAUGAGUCAGCUAUUGAAAUACAUGGGAUAUGAUUUCAAAGGUGGCGACCAGGUUAAGAACUUAACAAAAGAGGAAAUCAAAGAGUUCUUAAAAACGAAAUUAAUGGAGAUCGACAGUGAUGCGUCUUCCCAGUAUGAUAGCCUGGUUAUAUUGUUUUUGUCUGGGGAAGUAAAGUGCGAAGCUGCAAAGAUUUACGACAAAGAUGGAGUCUUUCUUCCCAGGAGUGAAAUUUUAGACAUCAUUAAAGAAUGUAAACAUUUCAAAGGGAAACCAAAAGUUAUAUUUGUUCAAACCUACAGUUUCCAAGAAGAAAAUGAACCUUUGGAUCAAAGAGAUUCUACAGCUAAUGAUAUCAUCAAGAAAGGUGGGCCAAACACUGAUGACAUAUUUAUGGUAUCAAGUUACCCAAGAAUAGAGCAUGGUCCAUGGAUAAUUGGUGAAAAGGUGAUUGGAUCAUACUUCAUUCAGGCACUCGCACAUGUGUUCAAGAACUUCGCAUAUAAAAAAUCAUUUAUGGAAUUAAUGAAAGAGGCGAACAUAUGUCUGGGCCAAGCUGUGAUUCCAAAGCUGACAGACGAUGGAAAAAACAGUGGGACGGUAGAGAAAAAACCUGUUGCACAAAUUGUCUUAUUAGAAUAUUCGGAAGGGAAAGAACUUUACUUUUUUCCAGGGCUUGAGUUUUCAGCAACAGAUUUUAUAGGCGUCGAACCUGUAAAUUUUUCUGCUUCAAUGACUGGGAAACCAGUUUCUACAGUAUCAAAUUAAAGUUACUCUAUAAGCUACACUUCAUGCGGUUAAAAUAUGUUAUGUUAGAAAAUAUCGCUUCUUGACUAAAUAACGCUUACUUUUAUUGGCAUCUUGUAUGAGAUAAACGAUAACAAUUUAGUAGAUUAUGUAUGAUAAGUGCUAUUAUUUAUAAUAAUAUAAUAGCAUAAUAAUUAUAAUUAUAAUAAUAGUAGUGAUAAUGAAUUAUUUGUUCAAAGAAUAAAUAAACACAGUUAGUUACAACAAACUAAUCUUUCCUGAGGCUAUCA